AUGAGUAACCCGACAUUUGUCUUCUCUCUCGGGGCCUGGAUUAUUCCUGCGGUUUACGAUGCUACCCGCUCCCACCUAGACGCCCUUGGAUUCACUUCUGUGUGCCCCGCUCAUCCUUCGAUCGGCGCUGAGCCACCCACUAAAACAUUGUCUGACGAUGUUGCCUCAUUCCGUGAGGUCUUGGUGAAGCUCGCAGAUGAAGGUCAAGAAUUGGUUGUUGUGGGCCACUCUUAUGGCGGAGUUGUUGCUUCCUGUGCCGUCGAAGGGCUGAACAAAGAUGCUCGUAUCAAGGAAGGCAAAACAGGUGGUGUCAUCAAAGUUAUAUACCUGGCUGCAUUUGCCAUUGAUAAGGGACAGAGCUUACUGGGUAUGCUGGGUGGAAACUAUCUGCCUUGGAUGAAGGUUGAGGAUGACUAUGUCCUUGCAGAUGGUGCCGGAGAGAUUGGUUGGCAAGAUAUUUCCCUUGAAAAGCAAGAAAAAUGGAAUUCGCUGGCAUUGCACACUUCCCGUCCGGUGUUUUCUGGCGAGUCAACAUAUGAGCCCUGGAGAGACAUCCCCUGCGCCUAUAUUGUGUGUGAGCAAGAUCAUGCUCUUCCCCCUCCUUUACAAGAACUAUUUGCUUCCAAGAUGGGUGGCCCAGAGAAUACCUACCGGCUUCCAAGCUCACAUUCUCCAUUUUUGAGUAUGCCAGAGCGCCUGGCACAGCUUUUACAGCAGAUUGUGAAGGCAUAA